UUAUGUGAGCACCUAUCACUUGGCUCUCAUUAGGCGAAUGGCAAUACUGAACUGAUAUAAGGUCCAACUUCUGAGAGUAUCGCCGGUUUUGAACGGAAAGGUUCAUCCAAGUGAGGAGCAACAACAAACACUGUUGAUUAUAUUCUGCCUGUUGUUUCAUUUAGCAUGUCUACUUAGAGAGUGUGUUACGUAAUGCCAGCGGUGUUCUGUACUCAGGUGUCUAGUAAUGAGAACCGUCGUGGAGAAGACUUAUACUAGUAGUCACAUCAUGAAGUUUUACAUCGUUGUAAAAGAGCCUUUUACUGAACUUGGGAAAUUUAAUCAUUCUUUCCCCAACCAAGCCACGCACCGUUCUCGUACCACGUGAGCUAACACUAGGACGUGCUACUGGUCCAUGCUACAUGGUUGUGUACGAAGAGGUGAUGUAAUACAAAUAAUCGUUCUCUAAACCCUUUGGUGUCAUCGACAACGUAGUGGCCAAUAUUCUAACAGUUUGGUUCCUGUGAUAAGGUGAAUACGAUUAUGACGUCAUCCCUAAACAUUUGUGAGAAAUUCUGCUUGUGCUAUCUAGGUGUUCAAGUUUGAUGAAGGCUCAAUGUGGUUUCAACGGUGUUUUCUUCUCCAAGUGCUGGGUGCAUCUGUGCUUCUGUCAUAUUUCCAGGAGUCAAACGCCAAAGAUGUUCUAGGGUUUCGAGCUACUCAGAUGAAUAAAACUGACCAAGCGAUCGCGUGUUUCAACUUCACUGUUGGAAAUCCAGAGAGAAUGGAGUUUUAUUCACCUCGUUUCCCUAAGAGAUAUCCUAAUAACACUGAAUGCAUCAAGCACAUAGAAGCUCCUUAUGGAUAUUACAUAGAACUAGACUUUCGAGACAGCUUCCAUCUAGAAGAGGCCAGCAACUGUGACUACGACUAUUUAAUAAUCCGAGACGGUCCCUAUGGAUAUUCCGAUCAGCUUGGACGCUACUGCGGCGCCACCUUUCCACCACUCACUCGCUCUUCUGAUAGUCAUCUUUGGUUGAAGUUCUCAUCUGAUGAUAGUAUAGAAUACAGUGGUUUUAGAGCUGUAUACCAGUUUAUCUCGAUAGAAAAUUUUCACCGACCUCCUGUGGAAGAGUGCAUUUUCUACAAGAAUGGAUCAGAUGGGUUCAUCAGCAAUCAAGACAUAACUCCGAAAAUGUUCAACUAUUCUCUAAAUUGGAAUGUUUCUUUAGACUGUACGUGGAUUAUUGAAGUAUAUCCAAAAUGGAAGAUGUAUCUGACCUUCCAGAAAUAUCAGCUCGCUCAUCCCAACAACUGUGACCUUAACUACAUCGAUAUUUAUGGCGAUAGCCUCAGCGUAGAUGACAGGCUUGACAGAUUUUGUGGAACAGCGACAGAACCUCAGCGGUCGGAAAAGAAUAUUCUGCACGUCCGAUACUUUGCCCAGUCACAAGCUUUGGAUGGCAUUUUCAGAAUCCUGUAUACUGGCUUCAGAGAAUCAGAGAAAUGUGACGAAACCAAAGAGUUCGACUGUGGAGACGGCACGUGUGUGGCCAAAGCUCUUAAGUGUAAUGGACAUUUCAAUUGUAAAUACCGCUACGACGAGGAGGACACCAUAUGCUCAGUUGGGUCUACAGCAAGUGUGGUUCUGUCUUCGGAACAUAUGAUUAUCAUCUUAGUGGUUUUCUUCGCUCUGGUGUUCGGUAUGUGUCUGUCCAUCUCCAUAUCCUGUUACAACAAGAUAAAAGAAAGAAAGGAACAGGAACGAGAGUAUCGGCUACGCCGCUCCAAGGAGGCAUCAAUGGAGGCAGACAUGGACCGCAAAGUUGCCAGUGUGGAAAAGAACUUAGGGACAUUUAGAAAAACCCCGAAUACCAAGAUAGCAAUGGGAUCUCGAAAUAGUGACAAUACAGAAACCCAAGAAGAAGAUGAAGAUGGGUGUUAUGUACCAGAAAUAGAUCUGACUGUAUUUGAUAAGUUUCCAAACGGUGGUUCUUCAGUGACAAGAGUAAAUGACAACUGUCCACUAUCUCCGCCCACUAGACAAGAAGCAAUUACAAUUCUAUCAGAUGGCAGCCAACACCAUCCUUACUGUAGUUAUCACAGAUUCAGUGAAAGUCCUCCUCUUCCUCCCCCACCUCCUCCCCCUCUGCCUCCUCACCUUCGCAGGAGAGAAGAAGCCCUCUGUUCAGACAGCCUUGUCCUUUUUGACAAUCAGUGUCCUAAACAUAACAGACCAGCCUUACUUCGAGUUCAGCAAGACGAGGAUCUUGAAGAAGAAAUAGAGCUCACAGAAGCAAUGGUUGAGUUAUAUCCAAACAGUCCAGGGGGUUGUCGUCAGAAAUAUGAUCACCAAACAUGAAAUGUUAAACGAUUUAGAUAUUGUUAACCAUCCCUGGCUGAACUUUAUGGUUACAGUGCAAGGUUGUUUAACUCCCGUGACGCAAUGAAAGCGGAUAAUAUACAUGUUAGUAAGUAGGUCUUCUCCAUUUGAUUUGGAACUUCUGUUUAAUUUGCACUACAGUACAUCACCAAAUUACAGCUCUGUUAACGCAGUUUUUGUCAUCUUAAUGACAUGGGCAUCAAGUACGUGACAUAGUAAUCUUUCGACUUCUAGAUGUUUGUGACAGUUAGUGCAUAGAGAAAAGAUUCACGCUAAUUAUAGUUUCAUUUUGUAAGCAAUCCAUAUGUGUUGCUCAAAGAACAUGCCAAAUGUUCGUGUUUUUCCAUGAAAGAAACGUCUUCUUGUGCCGACGUGAAACAAAAGAAAUAGAAAUUUGUUGUUGCUCAACAUCCUCCAUGCCAUUACUGAUGGAGGCAAUCAUUGCCUGAACAGAUACUGCUCUUGUUCGUAAUUUAUCAACUGUUUACUAAAUGAACUAAAACUUGUGGAUAUGGUUCUUUUGAGCUACAAAAGAAGAGGUGUUAACCCCCUUGUUAGGUACCGUUGGUUUGUAACUUUACUCCGCUUUUAUGCUUAUCGAAAAAAAAAGUUACGAGUGUAUCUAAAAUCCUAAAUUUUCCCAUUUCCUUUGUUGGUGCUAUGUAGUCAUUUAAUGUGAGCAGUAACCUAAAUAAGUUGAACAUGUGCCUUUAAAACGUGACAUUCUUUUUCCAUCUUAUGUUAAAAACCCUUGUUAUGUAUUGUAUACAAUGUCACUUUGACAAUAUUAAAAAUAUGUGACUUAGGUUUAGAAUGAACUUUUCAUCGAAACUCAGAAGUUCUUAUUAAUAAUUCUGAACCUGUGGAGUACUGUAUUGUACGAACAAGGAAAGUAAAGAAGUUCUGGUUUCGA